CGAUGCGCAUGCGCAUAUAUUUUGUACUUCGAGCGCGAACUUAGCGGGAAAUUUUAAUUAAGGAAGAUACAUGUUUUUCUAGGACUGUGUGGCAUUAUAUGGUUUAUUAUGUUGUGAUAAAUGAUGCUUUGUGGGAUCGAGUGAGCGCAAGGGUACAAUGAGUCCGCCGGUGAAUUGGCACAAAUGCCUAGUGUUGUUGGGAUUGGCUUUGUCCGCCCGGACAAUUGGUUGCGAUUAUAGUUCCAUCACCGAGAAAUUUGGAGCGGAAGCUGUCGCGCGAUGCAGCGAAAAAUGCCCGUUUCAGAAUCGCACCGGGGAGGGGCACUUCGACGUCAAUUGUGGCUCAGACUGCAGCGUCGAACAAUGCAGAAUGGGGUGCAGCCUGUGGUUAGAAGGUUUGGAUGUAUCUUGUCAAUCAGCUUGUAAUGUUACUUCAGAAACCGCGCUUUCACGAGAAUUGUACUGCGUGAUGGGAUGCAAUGAAGCUCUUAACACUUAUUUUCAAAUGAUAAAAGACCUAAUCGGAACGCCACCUGCACCAGCACUAGUAGCGGACAGUUUAACAGCGACCUCGCUAUCCUUAGUAUGGGAAGGAAAUCCAAAGCUUGGAAAUCUCACCUACCUUGUUCAAUGGAGAUACGAGGAGUUACCUGGCAGCUGGCAAUAUUACUCCAAUUCUAGUCAUUCAGAUAGAUCCAUUAUCCAUGUUGAAAAUUUGAGACCGUAUACCAAAUAUCGAUUCCGUCUCGCAAUAUUCCUUUCGGGUCGGAAUGGCGCUGGUGAGCCUGUUUAUUCAGCGCCAUCGGUUGUCAUAUUGACGUCAGACAGUGGUAAACCGAGCUCUGCACCUGCAUCUUUGAGAGCUGCUGCGCCAGACUCAAGCAGAGUUGCUAUUUCCUGGGAGCCAGGACCAUUUCCCAAUGGCCAGAUAAUAUCAUAUGUCCUACGACUGGCUGAUACACAACCCAACACUAUAGAUGUUUUGGAGGAUAUGCCAGCGUCAAACAAAAAUUUGUUCUACAUGUUCCAAAAUUUGGCACCAGCUCGUCAGUACAAUGUGUCUGUAGCAAUGCGGAACGCUGUUGGGGAGGGACCGAGAGCUUAUGUGCUUAUAUCUACACCAUCUUUACCUACUUCGGUUCCAUCACAACAGCCAAUUCUUAUAUUGGGCGGGGAACAUAAUAUUCUUGCAGCAUCCGCUAACGAUAUGCUGUCGGACCCAGUUGAAGAGUUAUACAGUACGGAGCAUAUUAUUACAGGAGUAGGCGUUGAUGUAUCCAGUGAUAACCUAUUUAUAUCUGUAUCAAAUGGAUUCGUUUACAAAAGCUCUUUAUCAAAGAAAAGUCCACCGGAAGCUAUUUUAUCCCCAAAAACCAUAGAUUAUAAGCCUUUGGACCUUUCAGUGGAUUGGCUCAACCAACACUUAUAUGUGCUUGGUGAAGUUUAUUAUUAUAAGGGAUCGAACAGAACGAAUUCCAGCCUAUACCCAAGUUGGAUAAUAUCGAGAUGCGAUUUCGACGGUAAAAAUGGUAUUGUAGCUUCAUCGGGUUUUAAUUCACGACCCAUACACUUUGAAGUGGAUGCUUAUAACGGUUAUCUGUUUUGGGCCCUGAGAGGUAUAGAACGUGGAGGAUUAUACCGGUUAGACCUGGCUAACAUCUCCAACGGCGUCAAACACGAUUGUCGCCCAAAACAAAUAGUAUACGAUGCUAACCUAGGCGCCUUUACCGUAGAUCACGCUGACUUUAGACUUCUUGUUACUCAUAUAAGAAGAAAUACAGUCCUAGCCGUUUCUUUGGAUGGACGUGAAGUAUCAGACUUCCGCAGCAACACACAACGACCAAUGUUCUUCUCACCACGGUCUAUAGCAUAUGCCAAUGGUCUCUUCUACUGGACGAAUGGAAACGAAAUCCUAAUGGAGGAAUAUCAUCCAAAACGAGACAGCUACUUCCACAACGAGUAUCCCGUAACAUAUAAUACUAAGACCAUUGCGAUGAGGGAAGUUCUAGUGGCUUUGAGGAGUUGUCAGCCGAUUCCAGUUCCUGUUAAUCCACCGUUAGGGGUUCAGGCUGUGAUGGGGAUUAACAGGGCAAAGAUUUCCUGGUCGGCCCCACAUCUUUUGGGUCAUCAGGGAACAGGCGCUUGGCAGCAGUGGACUUUUCAUUUGCAAUUGACGAAUGUUAUUACCGGCGAGACUAUCGGCAUUAAAAAUAUUAACGAAACAACGCACAUCGUUGACAAUAUCGAGCAAGAUACGCAGUACGUCAUAAGAAUCGCAGCCGUCACCCAAUCUGGCUCAGGCCCGUGGUCAUCCGAAUUUAUUGGUAAAACGUUAAAAUCAUCUCCAACUACUCUACAAAGCACUUUAUUGUGGUCCGGCCCCGACGGCCUUCUCCAAACAGACCUAACGGGAGAUAAUUUGCAAACCUUAAUUGAUCGCAAUUAUCUGGAACUGCAACACCUAUACAUAACAGAUAUAUCCUGGUACCGAGACCAACUCUACUUAGUGACCAACGCAUCAACUGUUAUGUGGUACAAUUCCACAACGCAUGGCAAAGGUUUUAUGCCCAAUAUGAAUAAUGUAGGCAGUCUAGCGGUUGAUUGGGUCGGGAAGAAAAUUUACUGGUCGAAUCCUAAACAACAAUUGAUAACUCGCAGUAACUUUGAUGGAAGUAACAAAGAACCAGUACCCAUAGUGACAGUUGCCAAAGAACUAACUAUCGAUUCUCUAGGAGCCUAUAUUUAUUGGAACACGGGUCAUGCCGUGGAAGCAGCGAGAUUAAAUGGCGAAAAUAAAAUUAUAUACUAUCCUGCACAGCUCUUUAGUGGAAAACAAGUAAUGGGAUUAACAGCUGAUUUAGAAAAUAAAUGGCUCUAUUGGCUUGUACGAAGCUACGAUGGCUCAGAACUUCACAGAGCUGUCACAGCAGACAAGAUUUCACUUAGUCCUAACGAACAGGUGACCGGGACUCUAGUCAGUCGCCUCUCAGGCACAGCGACACUGGGUCCAUUGUGCUACUUUAGCGAGCGGCUAGUUUGGGUUCAGGAUGCAUCAAGAGCUGUGGUUUCAGACCUUGCGGGCAAAUACACUGCAGAACUGAUCCCAAGAGUGCAUGUUAUCGCUGUCAGAGAUCCUACUUUACAUGCUAACAGCGAAUCCAUAAUCGCGAUACCAGAAACGAUAAAUGUUUCAACAAUAGCUGUGGAAGGUACAUGGGACAAAUUCAACGUAACUUGGGCUCCGGCAUCGAAGGUUAAUGUCAACAGUAGCAGAGUUUAUUAUGACGUCAGUCUCUCGUUUCCGACUCAUCACAAAAUUGAGAAAACUGUAGUCACGUCAUGGGUAGAGGUAUCAGAGCGUAGUAUAGAUCCAUAUAGCGCAGUCGAGGUAUCAGUACGUGCGCAUACGCAGUGGGGCGGAGGCGCGGCGGCUCGUGCGAGACUACGUACACCACAAGCCCAGCCCUCCGCUCCCGCUACGCCAAGACUUUAUGUACACAGGCACAGCGAUGGUUCAAUGCGUGCAAUAUUCCGCUGGGGCUCACCCCGUCGCAGUAAUGGCAUAGUACGAGGUUACGAGGCGCAGUGCUGGGCCGUUCCCCGCGCCCCUCGCCCCGCUACCCCUUCAGCGUGUGCGCCCGCCCGACUAGCGCCGCAUCAAACGCAACUUGUGCUGACACACUUGCAACAUAACACUACAUAUUACUUCCAGGUUCGGGCCUUCACCGACGCAGGCUAUGGCCAAUAUAGCGAAAUCGUUUCCGCCUUUUCAGAUGAAAUUAAUCCAAUCCCAAAAGUAAUGAUUUCGUCACAAGAAUCGAUAAAAAUAAUAGACUUAGGUACGGGUGAUAGUGAGAUAAUACCUAAAAGUACUGGAAUACCCUUAGAUUUUGCUAUAGACAUCGAAGAAAAUGUUGCAUAUUGGGUGAAUGACCUUGAAGAAAUUUUUUCUUCACGAAUUAAUGGCAGUGGACAUUAUAAGCUUACAUCCAUAAACGGCACAGCAACCAGCAUAUGCGUUGAUUGGGUUAGUCGAUCGGUCUACUGGUCACAGUUAGAGCGGGCAUCUAUAGAGUCGCACGUAGUGUACCGAGCCGAUUUGGGCCUGCCUAACACGAGCCCGCGUAUUGCUAGAGUGCUUAAGAGACACCAACGAAUACAUAGCUUGCAAGUUGUACCCUCUAUGAGGUCAUUAUUCUGGUAUGAAGAAAGUAGUCACACGGGAUUUGGGACUCUAUUGACAUCUCAUGUCAAUGGCUCAAAUGUGAGGCCAUUCUUCAAUUAUUCUGAUAGUUCAGAGCUAGAUUUCAGAGAUGACUGUAACUGCCCUGAAAAUCCUCAAAUAGCAAAAUCGUUUGUUAUCGAUCUGACUAAUGAUAUUGAGAUAUUCUUUAUUGAUCCUUGGUUGUAUAGAAUUGUGGCAACAGAUAUAACGGGCUGUCACUGUAGAGUAGUCGUUGAUGCUACUGAGAAAAAGAAAUAUGGUUUCAUACCUAUGUCCCUAACCGUUGACAGUAAAUACAUUUACUGGUACAACUCAUCAGAAAGGUCAAUAUUCUAUACAAACAAAUUCAAAAAGAACAAAAUAGACCAAGUGAAGUCCACUUUCGGUUAUAAAAUAAUGGCGUUGGAUGUUUCCAAUCAACCAUACCCGCCGAGACCCUGCUUAUUCCCGAAUGCCGAAAAACUUAUACCACGAGUACUAUCCAAUUCAGCGAACAGCAUCAAAAUGCAGAUGCCAAUAAUAAUAAAGCCGAAUAAUUGUACCAAGUUAGAAUACGAGAUGACAUUAACAGAAUACACCGUAUUAUACCGCUUACAUAGCCUCGACACAACGCCUUGUGACAGAGAUUCCUGUUUUCAUUUAACAACAACGAACACUGAAAUAAUAUUGAAUGAUCUUAAACCAUUCACGAAUUAUACCGUGAGGAUUGAAGUCACCAACUAUUACGCGAAAUUGCAUGAGAUGAAGCCAAUCAUCGGUCCAAUGUGCUUGUUGCAGACGGCAGCUGAAGCCCCAACAGCGCCAAAAAACGUAACGGGUACAGUUUUAAGCCCAGUGUUAGCCCGAGUUGAGUGGACUCCUGAGCCUGGCUUAUGGUACGAACUUCAUUGGCGAACUGAUGAUUCACCUUCUUUACCGCAUCGUAAAGAGCACAACACAUUCGAAGUAUCUGAAGGCGGUAGUGCAAUAAUGACGCCUCUAUCCCCAAGCACGCUCUACACAGUUUGGGUGCGCGCACGUUCUCGUCACUCCGCCGUAUCUGCUGACUCUUUGCCAUUGCGUCUGCGCACUUUUCCACCCCCAGCGCCCAUAUCGCUUAAGAACGCUACGGCGUAUAAAUUAACAGUUAUAUGGCCAGCACCAACCAGUUAUACGUUGAACCAAUACGUCGUUCAGUACAGCGAAACGGGCGGUACAAUUGACCUUUGGAUGCCAUGUACACAAAGUGGAAACGCGGAAUGGUCUGCCAAAGAUCUGCGUCCGAAAACAAAAUACCGAUUCCGAUUGAGUUUGCAAUACGUCAAUAAUACGCUCCCUUACUUCUGGCCACGAGACCACAACUUUGUAUUUGAAACUAUCGGUGACGUUCCUGGACCUCCCGGUGUCCUACGUGUUGAAGCCGUGGGAGAAAAGAUUGUUCGAGCAUGGUGGGCUGAACCGGACCCACGCGGGGAUCCUGUGACACACUACCGAAUUUGGGGCACUCCUAGCAAAAGGAUUGAGAAUAUCGAUGAUAAUUCGUUGAGCAACGUGAGCGAACUAUUACGGGCAGAUCUUCCAGCCGAUAUUGAUGAUGAAUUGAAGACGCGAAUUAUACGUGAAGGAUUGGAACUAUUACACAAUGGAACUGAAAGCUACUGGUUAAUUGGAUCGGGUGAUAUAGGUGCAGGGUAUACCGCACGUGUACAGGCCCGUAACUCGUAUGGGUGGGGUGAGCUGUCCCCAGCAGGGGAAUUGCAUGCAGCGCCCCUUAUUCACCCAGCAAGGCCUCACCCGGCUGUGUUAGCUAUGGCAAUAAUCACACUUGCAGUUAUUGUCCUAGCUGUUGCGUUGGCCUUGUUUUACAGUUAUAAUAAAAGAAGUAAAAAAAAAGCGGCACUAGAAAAUCAAGUUACAUCCCCGGUGAUACGGAGGGGCCCAGACGUAGAACUGGCUACUUUGCGUCAAUUGCCUAUUAGGCAUUCUACUAAUAUUCUUUAUAACCAGGGUGUAUAUUGUCCGUCGGACGCAGAACUAGCCGCGUUACCUCAUAUACGACGGGAGCAAAUCACUUUAACUAAGUUUCUUGGCUCGGGAGCGUUUGGUGAAGUGUUUGAGGGACACGCAAGGCAAAUCGACAGUAAUACUCCCAACACUAAAGUUGCUGUGAAGACCCUACGAAAAGGUGCAACUGAGCAGGAAAAGACUGAAUUCCUAAAAGAAGCUGCUUUAAUGUCUAACUUCAAACACGAACACAUACUGCGAUUACUAGGAGUUUGUCUCGAUAACGAUCCGAAUUACAUUAUUAUGGAACUUAUGGAGGGAGGAGAUUUACUAAGCUAUCUUAGAGCGAAGCGAGCCUCUUUGGGUACUCCAGAAUCCCUAACACUACUGGAUCUUCUCAACAUGUGCGUCGAUGUCACAAAAGGCUGUCGGUAUUUAGAAGAGAUGCAUUUUGUUCAUCGUGACUUGGCGUGUCGAAAUUGCCUGGUCGCGGUACGUGACGGCAGGCGAAUUGUCAAAAUAGGAGACUUUGGCCUAGCCAGAGAUAUUUAUAAGAACGACUACUAUCGGAAAGAAGGCGAAGGUUUGCUACCGGUUCGCUGGAUGGCAGUGGAAUGUUUAGUCGACGGCGUGUUCUCGUGUCAGUCUGAUGUGUGGGCUUGGGGCGUACUUUGUUGGGAGGUACUAUCUUUAGGCCAGCAGCCGUAUCCGGGUCGUACCAACCGUCAAGUGCUGGGUUACGUGAGAGCUGGUGGAACGCCAGACCGACCGCCUAAUUGUCCCCAUUCACUGUACGAGUUACUCCAAAAAUGCUGGAGUUACGCAGCCGAAGCGCGACCAUCAUUCCGUCAGUGUCUCCGUAUAGUGACGUCAUUGCGUGACAUCACUCCACCUGAUCCUUUGCCCGUUUCACCUCCGGAGACAACGCAUCAUUACCUCCAAUUACUUGGAGAUGAUGCUGUCGACAACCGCACCUACCUGCUCGACGAGAAUGACAACGCCUUGGAUGAAGAUUUACCAGAGCAGCAAAUGGAGCCAUCUCAUCUGUUGCCCCAACGGACUCCCAAAUACCUAGAGCUUAUGUAUGACAGUGAUUCACCGCCGGGCACAAUUUGCGACGGUUACGAAAUACCACGAUCUCCCCUUAGUUACGCACCUUUCUCUCGACAUAGCAUAGUCGGGGUCGCACCAAAUCGACUCAUAAAACCUCCCUUGUAUAGAACACAUUCCCUUAGAACUAAUAUGAGGCCACCAAACGCAACAAUAAUUCCACUAAGAAAUGGUAUUGUUAAGCGGGCUUCGCUCUGUGAAGGCGUUCAAAGCACAUUCCUAAGAGAACCGAGCUCGUCUCGAUCUCGCCAAGACUUCAAACAAAUAAAGACUCCACUCUAGCUGUGAUAUUAGGCAAUUAUAAUCCACCGACCUAUUCGUAGUCCAUUUAUUUAUUAUAUUGUAAAUGUUGUAAAUAUAGUGUAAGUGGGGUAGUACAAAAUAAAAGAUGUUUUAUAGUUAUGCAUUUAUUUGUAAACUAAUCGCUAUUAUAGAUAUAUG